UGGUAACACUGCCAAGUGUACAGUUGUCAAAAAACUCUAUAAAAAAUUUGUUUUGCUGGUACGCGGCAAUUGAAAUAAAUCGUCAUUGUAGAGCAAAUAGGACGCUGUCACACAGCCGGAUAAACAACCGCAUUAUGGCCAAGGCGAGUAAGAAGCUAGCAGAAAGUAAGCGCAGGAACGGAGUCGCCGACGAGAGCGAAAACGAGGAGAUGGACCAACAGAAGUCCAAUGGUACAGGCCAAUCUUCCAGAAAAACGCCGAAUAAACGCAAGGCUAAACUGACUGUGGCCUCUGGCAGCGAAGACAGCGAUGGCCAGACGUCCACCUCCAACGCCGCGGAUGUACCAACUGCAAGGAACAAGCGCAAGGUGGUCAAGGCCAGGAACGCUACCACUUCGGCCCGCAAAAAUGGCAAAAAAAUCGUUAUAGAGGAUUCGGAUGAUGAUGCUAAUCAGUCCGAUGUGGACCCUAGUGCCGACAGUUCGCCAAGGAAGCCAGAUAUCAAACGCCAGACACGGCGAUCCGUGCGCGGUGAAACGGAAGAUAGCAAUGACCUGCCCUCCACCUCCAAAGCCGCCGCACAUGCAAGUCCGAUCAAGAAGCGCAAGCUGAGCAGGGUUUCGACCUCUUCCGUCAAAAAUGGCAAGAAGGUUGCUGAAAAGGAUUCUGAAUCCGAAGUCGAUGCUGCAACAGAUGAUGACAAACCAGUUCAACCCCAGAAGAUCGCAGCUAAGCCGAAGGCCUCGCCAAAUGUUAAGAAGGCCAAAGGACGUGGUCGACAGACCGCCGUCGCCAAGAAAGCCGACGAUUCAAUCGACCCAGAAAAGCAAUGGGAAGUCGAAAAAAUUAUUGAUCAUGUAGCCACCAAGGAAGGUGACAUGUUCAAGAUCCGAUGGAAGAAGUAUGGAGCAAAGGAUGAUUCUUGGGAGCCAAGGAAGAAUCUGGCGUGCGAUGCUCUAAUUGAAAAGUUUAUGCGGAAACAAGUAACAGAGCAAAACGUGGACGUUAAGGAGCUGCGGGAAUCGCCCAAGAAGACCGAGCGCCUUGUCGAUGAAUGCUAUCCCAGGACAAAUCUACACAAUCGUAUUGAACGCUCCUCGAAGCGCUCUGCCGCCAAAAACCGCAUUUUCUACGGCGAGGAAUGAGGAAGGGCAACGGUUGCCCCUCCACGAUGUAAACAUCAGCGAUGGAAAUUCAUGUAGGAAUUUAGUACACUUUUUUUUUUUUUUUACAUAUAAUCUUACAAAACAUGCGGACAGAAGUACGCGGAUAGGUGACCCAUGCCGGCUCCAGUUGGAUUUUAAUGGAAAAUUUCCGUUAUCGUUAUUAGUUUUAAAAAAGCUCGCGGGCAGAGCCAAGCCGCAUCAUGUCCACAAUCCUGACUAUUGGCGGACAACUUCACGGGCAACACACAUAACUAAAUAUUAAAUUCGGAUUUUAGCACAUAAGUGAAAUCGACUGCAGCACAGGGCGUACAUACAUGUAGUAUUAUAUCUGGUUAAUUGCACUCAACCAGCGUAGAAUGUAAGGCAUAAUUUCUGUAGCUUUAGUUGUAUCCUUUGAGUAAUUGAUGUUUGUAUUGGUUAAUCGCCACAGCUGAAAAUAGCCUCUCAACUACUCUUCCAAUCAUCUUAAUUCAUAAUAUUCGUUCAUACGUACGUACGCCAGUGUACAUUCAAUUAUAAUAAGCGAACAUUAUUAUUAGCAAUGGAACAUGCGUACAUAUGCAAUAGUACACAUCAUGCAAAACCAUUAUAAUUAGCAAUGGAACCUUGCUGUUUCCACUACAAAAUAAAAUCAUUUAAUGUACAAGA